AAUCAACACAUGAGGAUCCACACUGGAGAGAAACCAUUCACAUGCACUCAUUGUGGGAAGAGUUUCAGCCAAUCAUCAUCUCUUAAUCUACACAUAAGGAUCCACACUGGAGAGAAACCAUUCUCAUGCACUCAGUGUGGGAAGAGUUUCAUCCGCUCAUCAUCCCUUAAUCAACACAUGACGAUCCACACUGGAGAGAAACCAUUCACAUGCACUCAGUGUGGGAAGAGUUUCAGCCAAUCAACACACCUUGAUGAACACAAGAAGAUCCACACAGGAGAGAAACCAUUCACAUGCACUCAGUGUGGGAAGAGUUUCCACCGCUCAUCAAACCUUAAUCUACACAUGAGGAUCCACACAGGAGAGAAACCAUUCACAUGCACUCAGUGUGGGAAGAGUUUCAGCCAAUCAUCAUCCCUUAAUCUACACAUGAGGAUCCACACUGGAGAGAAACCAUUCACUUGCACACAUUGUGGGAAGAGUUUCAGCCGAUCAUCAUCCCUUAAUCUACACAUGAGGAUCCACACUGGAGAGAAACCAUUCACUUGCACACAUUGUGGGAAGAGUUUCAGCCGAUCAUCAUCCCUUAAUCUACACAUGAUGAACCACACCGGAGAGAAACCAUUCAAAUGCCAUCAGUGUGGGAAGAGUUUCAGCCAAUCAUCAUACCUUAUUGAACACAUGAGAAUCCACACUGGAGAGAGACCAUUCACAUUCACUCAGUGUGGGAAGAGUUUCAGCAAAUCCUCAUCGCUUAAUAGACACAUGAAGAUCCACACCAGAGAAAAACCAUUCACAUGCACUCAGUGUGGGAAGAGUUUCAGCCAAUCAUCAUCCCUUAAUCUACACAUGAGGAUCCACACUGGAGAGAAACCAUUCACAUGCCCUCAGUGUGGGAAGAGUUUCAUCCAAUCAUCAUCCCUUAAUCUACACAUGAGGAUCCACACUGGAGAGAAACCAUUCACAUGCCCUCAGUGUGGGAAGAGUUUCAUCCACUCAUCAAACCUCAAUCAACACAUGAUGAUCCAUACUGGACAGAAACCAUUCACAUGCCCUCUAGUAGAAGGGCAAGAGAUACAAGCUUUUGCAAAACCACAGGUGUGGUAG